AUGGAUCUUCGUUCCUGGGUUUCAGACAAUACGAUCAAGUAUCUGAACAUGUCAGAGCGUAACAUGGUAGACUACAUAAUUGCGCAAGCUCAGUCCGCCAAAUCUAAAGAAUCUCUCCGGGAAAUUUUAAAUGAAUUUCCUCCAGAAUCUUCACACUUCAUUGAUGAGCUCUAUGAACGCAUACCAAGGAAAUCAUCGCAAUCCAAUGUCACCUCAUUAAAACGUAAAAGACAGGACCAGGAAUCUAAAGCUUCCUUAGAAAGCCAAGUUAAAUAUAAAUUGUUGUUAGAUGAAGACGAGGAUUAUGAAAAGCAUAAAGAUGAUGGACAAUCUAAAAAGUCAAAGAAAUCCAAAAAAGGAAAACGUAUCCGUAAAAAAGAAUCCUCUAAUGCAUGGGAAUCUAAUUCGGAGGAUGAACAGAUUGUGCAUAAACAAAAAUCUCGUGAAGAAUCGGCGGAAGAUUCACCGGACCCUGAAGAUGAAUACGAGAAAGCCCAGCGAGAGAAAAUGCAAGAUCUCAAAGAAAGAGAUGAGUUUGCGAAACGUGUAAGAGAAAAAGAUAAAGCAAAAACGAAAAAGCUAGUGGAAGAUCGUUCCUCGAAAUCUCAAAGUGAAUCUGCCCUCCGUCGAAAUCUUGCAGAUGAUCCAGAAGCGCGUAAACAGUAUAUACCUGAUAUUCGUGAACGCUCUCGUCAAGAUUAUCUCAAGGCUCGUGCGGAACAGCGAAUGUUAUUGAUGGAGGCAGAGCUUCAUGAUGAAGAGACACUUUUCAAGGACAUAAAGCUAACAGAAAAAGAAAAGAAAGAAUAUCAAUUGAAAAGGGACACUUUACAGUUGACAAAAGGACGACUAAGUCUUUCAAAAAAAAGCGAAGAAUAUACUUUGCCUGAAGAUUACAUAACUGAACAAGGAAAGAUUGAUAAAAAAAAAAAGGAAGCUGUAUUAUAUCAACGUUAUGAGGAAGAUAGAGAUCAACACAAAUUUGUUACUGAUCAAGAUCAAUGGGAACAAAAUCAAAUUAUCAAAUCUCAGUUAAAAACUGGUGCACAAGAUCGGUUAAAGGAAGAACAUGAAUAUGACUAUGUUUUUGAUGAAUCCCAACAAAUGGAGUUUCUAAAUUGGGAUUGGAGUGAAAAAAAUGAUGAAAUUACAAAGAAAAUUGAUGCAGCUGAACAAGAAGCAAAGUCGAUAGAAGAAGCACGAAAAUCUCUGCCAAUAUACAUGUUUCGAGAUGAUUUGCUCAAAGCUAUCGAUGAAUAUCAGACUAUUAUUAUUGUUGGCGAAACAGGUUCUGGGAAGACUACUCAAAUUCCACAAUAUCUUCAUGAAGCUGGUUACACUAAAGGAGGAAAGAAAAUUGGAUGCACUCAACCCAGAAGAGUUGCAGCGAUGAGUGUAGCUGCUCGCGUAGCCACAGAAAUGGGCGUAAAAUUAGGGUAUCAGGUCGGAUAUGCAAUUCGUUUCGAGGAUUGUACCUCUGAUAAAACCAUCAUAAAAUAUAUGACUGAUGGUAUGCUUUUACGUGAAUUUUUAACCGAGCCUCUUUUAGAAGAUUACAGCUGUUUAAUAAUCGAUGAGGCUCAUGAAAGAACUUUACACACCGACAUACUUUUCGGUUUAAUUAAGGAUAUUUGUCGAGUUCGACCAGAAUUGAAAUUAUUAAUAUCAAGUGCGACGAUGGAUGCUCAAAAAUUCUCAAAAUAUUUUGAUGAUGCACCUAUAUAUAAUAUCCCGGGCCGGCCUUUUCACGUUGAAACGUUAUAUGCAAAAGCCCCCGAGGCAAAUUAUAUAACUGCUGUAAUAUCCACAGUGAUGCAGCUUCAUAUAGCUAUGCAAGAUGGAGAUAUUUUAGUCUUUCUUACGGGACAAGACGAGAUUGAAAGUGUGCAAGAAACUCUAUCUCAGACUUGCAGAGUUCUCGGUAGCAAGAUAAAAGAACUUAUAAUUUGCCCGAUUUAUGCCAAUUUGCCACCAGAUAUGCAAUCUAAAAUUUUUGAACCCACUCCAGCAGGCGCUCGCAAGGUUAUUUUAGCAACUAACAUUGCCGAAACUUCAAUUACAAUUAAUGGUAUCAAAUACGUAAUUGAUCCUGGUUUUGUUAAACAAAAUGUAUAUAGCCCUAGAACUCGCAUGGAGUCUUUGGUAGUUGUUCCGUGCUCAAGAGCAUCAGCAAAUCAAAGGAUGGGUAGAGCUGGUCGUGUAGGAAAUGGUUUCUGCUUCCGUUUAUAUACACAAUAUGCUUAUGCGAAUGAAAUGGAAGAAAAUAGUGUUCCCGAAAUUCAAAGAACAAAUUUAGGAAAUGUAGUUUUAUUAUUAAAGAGUAUCGGAAUUCAUAAUGUUAUGCAGUUUGAAUUUAUGGAUGCACCGAAUGACCAGUCAUUGAUUCAAGCUCUGAAUGAUCUAUAUGGUCUAGGCGCACUGAAUGAUAGUGGUGAACUGACAAAAUUAGGCCGGAGAAUGGCUGAGUUUCCUUUGGACCCAAUGUUAUCUAAAUCGAUUAUUUG